AUGGUUAAUUCUCCUAUUAAGCGUGAAAAUGAAGAUCAAUUAAACUCUCCAAAUAAGAGAAAUAACUCCAAUGGCACAUUAUCUCAUUCUGAACCUGCAUUUGAUUUAGGCAUGGGCGGCUCUCCCGCAAAUAGCAAUAACAGCAAUAUAAAUGUUGGUCAAUCUCCUGGGUUUCAAGCAGAUACUCCAGGAACACCUUUUGGAAAUAUAGGCUCAAUUGAUAAUGCUAGUUUACCAAAUAAAUCGUCUCCUGCAACAAACUUACUUAAAGAAGACACGACAGGUACACCUACUUCUGGUGUAUCGCUAGCACUCCCCAAAAAGAAUGAUAAAAAGAAUAAAAGUAGCACCAAUCAGCAAAAGGGUGGUAAUCAACCACAACAAGCAGAUGCCAGUAAGAUGCAAGAUGUACUAUUUUCUGCCGGUGUUAAUAUUAGGGAAGAGGAAGCUCUUCUAAAUUCGUCUGUCAACGCUUCAAAAUCCCAAUCUUCACAAUUAGCUAAUAUGAGAUCUCCAGAUCAUCCACCUUUCUUACACCCAGAUCAAUUGGCUAUGUUUAUGAAAAAAAUAUCAAAUGAACAAAAUUUUCCACAAAACUUCAGUAGAUCUCCUGAUAUUUUAAAUCUUGUUUCAAGUGUUUGUGAAGCAUAUAUGAAAGAUAUAAUAACAAAUGCACUUGUCAUAUCAAGGCAUAGGCGAAAAGCUGUAAAAAUAAAUUCUGGUAGACGUAGUGAUGUUGCAAUUGCCUUAAAAGGUAUGGCACAACUGCAGAAAAAAGAAGAAGAAAGACGGGUAAAGAAAAGAAUUGCCCUGGGGCUAGAGAAAGAAGAUUAUGAAAAUAAGAUAGAUUCGGAAGAAACUCUUCACAGAGCUUCAAACAUGACAGCUGGUCUAAGAGCUGGUAGUAAGAAGCAAUAUGGCUGGCUAACAUCUUCGACAAGUAAGCCAACUAAUGUUGGCUCUAAGACGUCUGGUAAGGUCGCAUCGGACAUUGCUACCAGAGGUGAUAGUGGUCUACGUUUUAGAGAAGCAAGAGAAGAACCAGGAAUUGUAAUGAGAGACUUAUUGUUUGCGUUAGAAAAUAGAAGAAUGGGCACUCAUAAUAUAAUAUCUAAAGGGUAUGCCCGUAUAAGGGAUUAG